AUGCUGGUUUUCUUCUUCCUUACUUUCGCACCGUACUCUGCAGGUACUUGCAGUUUUAUUAUUAUUGUUAUUGUUAUUAUUGUAAGUACGUACUAGGCGGGCCAAAAAGUUCUUCUUAAGUAUUACUGUUUAAUAUUAAUUUUGAAAAAUUUUCUACCGUGCUGAUUUCGAAAAUCGAUUCGGUCCGAACGGUGCACCUGACGAAUUGUGCACCUGGCUGAACGGGGCACCUGGCUGAAUUGUGCACCUGGCUGAACGGGGCACCUGGCUGAAUUGUGCACCUGGCUGAACGGUGCACCUGACAUUUUCUUGUUUGAACAGUGCACCUAGGCGAAUAGUGCACCUUGAAAAAAAGUUUUUUGUGCAUUAUUGAAGAAAAUUUGAAAGGUUUUCGUGUCGGGACAAGGAGAAACGAUUUUUUUGGAAAAUUUUAAUAAAUUUUGAAAGGUUUUCGCUUCGGGACAGGGAAAAAGGAUUUUUUUUUUGGAAAAUUUUAAUAAAUUUUGAAAGGUUUUCGCUUCGGGACAGGGAAAAAGGAUUUUUUUGGAAAAUUUUAAUAAAAUUUGAAAGGUUUUCGCUUCGGGACUGGGAAAAAGGAUUUUUUUGUAAAAUUUUUAAAAAUUUUGAAGGGUUUUCGCUUCGGGACAGGGAAAAAGGAUUUUUUUUGGAAAAUUUUUGGAAAAAUUUAAUAAGCUUUUCACUAACAAAGAAAUCAGUUAAAACGGCUUACCUUGAUCCCCAUUUGUCAUAUAAAAAAAUCCGUCAAGGAAAUUGAGGAAUUUGCCUUGAUCUACCCUUGCCAUAUUUAUCUUUUCACAACCAAAAAAAUCCUUUUUCUCUGUCUCGAAGCGAAAACCUUUCAACUUUUAUUAAAAUUUUCCAAAAAAAAUCCUUUUUCCCUGUCCCGAAGCGAAAACCCUUCAAAAUUUUUAAAAAUUUUACAAAAAAAUCCUUUUUCCCAGUCCCAAAGCGAAAACCUUUCAAAUUUUAUUAAAAUUUUCCAAAAAAAUCCUUUUUCCCUGUCCCGAAGCGAAAACCUUUCAAAAUUUAUUAAAAUUUUCCAAAAAAAAUCCUUUUUCCCUGUCCCGAAGCGAAAACCUUUCAAAAUUUAUUAAAAUUUUCCAAAAAAAAUCCUUUUUCCCUGUCCCGAAGCGAAAACCUUUCAACUUUUAUUAAAAUUUUCCAAGAAAAAUCCUUUUUCCCUGUCCCGAAGCGAAAACCUUUCAAAUUUUAUUGAAAUUUUCCAAAAACAUCCUUUUUCCCUGUCCCGAAGCGAAAACCUUUCAAAUUUUAUUAAAAUUUUCCAAAAAAGAUCCUUUUUCCCUGUCUCGAAGCGAAAACAUUUCAAAUUUUGUUCAAUUGUUCAUGAAAAAUCUCUUUUUCAAGGUGCGCUGUCGCCCAGGUGCACUGUUCGCCCAGGUACAACGUUCGCCCAGGUGCACAGUUCAAAACGUGUCAGGUGCACCGUUCGCUCAGGUGCCCCGUUCAGCCAGGUGCACUGUUUGUUUCAGGUGCACCGUUCGGACACAACCCGAAAAUCAUGUUUUUUUUGAAAUUUACAUUUUUUUCUCAAGUAUUGCGGAAAUGUCUUGACGCGGAAUGCAUGCGUCCUCGCAGUGCGAAGACGUUUUAAGACUUUUUGGCCCGCCUAUCACAUUUAGGGCAACCUACAGCUGCUGCGGGUCAAGAUGCAACAGCUCUUCGAAUCGAGGCAUCAACUCUGCCAAACCCGCAACCCGUCGAGUAUGUUGAUAUUACAUACAUAUCGAAUUACAUACGUAUAGAAUUCUUUGACUCUCAAUAUUUCAGCUGUGAUAGAGGCAAAUACGCGGUUGGAAACAAGUGCCAUUUGUGCUAUUCCGCAUGCAUUUCGUAGGUUAUCCAAAGUCGUUAUUUAUUGUCAUUACCACCCAUUACACUAUGAAUUUUUUAAAGUGUUACAACACAAAACGAUUUAAGAUGCACUGGAGGCGGAAAGACGUACGAUCUGGGCAACGAUUGCAAUCGAUGUCAUCUCCUCUAUUCCGAUGUAAAAGUUGCGAUCAGUGAUGGGUAUAAUACUCAGAAUGGAGACGUUGCGGAGCAAGCAGCCAAGGCAAGUUAAAUACCUACAAUCAGGACUACGAACUCAGGUAUCUUGUUUCAAACUGACAGAACUCAAAGAAGAAACCAAGAGAAUUGAUCUCUACAGUCGCGUCUAUGGCCGUCUUGUCCCUUCCAAAGACAAUGAGAAUGAUCAGUACGGUGCAUAUGAGCGGCGUGUGCAGGACACGGCGGGUCUUGAAGAUAUCUGA